AUGAGCACGAAAUCCCAGUAUAUUAUUCGAAGUGUAUCCUUUGCCUUGCUCGCAGAUUGGACCACCACACUGACUCUGAUUUUUGGGGGUUGUUGCAGCAAUGCUCUGACUCUCGAGCAGGUCAUCAGCGAGUAUCCGCGGGCGGGUACAUUGAUCACGUUUAUCCAGUUCCUGCUCAUCUCUGCUCACGGGCUGACGAAGUUUGUGGAAUUUACGCCAUACCCACGUCUCAAGCAGCGCCAAAUACCACUUUCCCCAUACCUUCUCCAAGUUUUCCUCUUCUAUGUGCUUUCUAUGUUGAAUAAUGCUGCAUUCGGCUACAACAUCCCCAUGCCUGUACAUAUCAUAUUUCGCAGCGGUGGACUCGUUGUCAGUAUGCUUUUGGGUUGGCUUUUGCUUGGGCGGAGGUAUAAUAUCACACAAGUUAGCUCAGUUUUGCUCGUCACGGCCGGUGUGCUCCUCACAACGCUAUCCGCCUCGCACCCCAAAUCUCCCGGCACCGCCGCGCGGAGCACCGAAGGACAAUCCGAGGUCCACGUACGCGAGUAUGCUACGGGCAUCCUGUUCAUGACCACAGCGCUCUUCCUGGGCGGCUUCCUUGGGAUCGUCCAGGACCGGACGUACGCACGCUACGGGCGGCACCGCCCUGCGAAGGCAGCGAGCAACGACCCGAAGGGGAAAUUGAAAUCGAAGGCAGACACUACAGAGACCUGGCAAGAGUCCAUGUUCUACCUGCACUUCCUCUCACUCCCGCUUUUCCUCUUCGUCCGGCACGACCUUGUCGCGCAGGUCAGCGCGCUCAACGCUGGACCCGCGUACACCUUCGUGCUCCCGUUUCCCCUCCCCUACGCGGUGAAGCUCCCUGGACCCGCGCAGCUCGCACUCCCAGCGAUCUACUUCCCGCUUCUGCUGAACACCGUGACGCAGCUCCUGUGCGUCGCGGGCGUGAAUCGCCUCACCGCGCGCGUGUCGUCACUCACCGUCACACUCGUGCUCGUCGUGCGCAAGGCGGUGUCGCUCGUGAUCAGCGUUAUGCUCUUCAGUGCUACGCGGCGUAGAGAUAUGGACAGCCGCGAGAAGCGCAUGUUGUGGACCGGGGCACUGCUGGUGUUCAUCGGAACUGUGGGGUAUUCGAUUGGGAAUGGAUGGAAGUCGCAGCGAAAGCCGGAGGGAAAGGAUAAGAAGCAAUAG